AUGUCUCUUCCGCAGAAAAUCCGCACCCCGGCCACGGAUCUUCUACAGAUAAGCCAUCCAGUCUUGCUAGCUGGAAUGAAUGUCGCGGCGGGGCCGAAGCUUGCUGCAGCCGUUACCAAUGCCGGUGGUCUUGGAGUCAUUGGAGGGGUGGGUUAUUCCCCAGCCAUGCUGCGAGAGCAGGUUGCAGAGUUGAAAGAUUACUUACACGACAAAAAUGCGCCUUUCGGAAUCGACCUCUUGAUUCCCCAGGUUGGCGGAAAUGCGAGAAAGACCAAUUACGAUUACACCAAGGGAAAGCUGGAUGACCUUGUGGACAUAGUCAUCGAAAGUGGCGCCAAGUUGUUUGUCUCUGCGGUUGGUGUGGCUCCAAAAGCAGUUGUCGACCGUCUUCAUGCCGCUGGAAUCCUCUAUAUGAACAUGGUCGGACACCCCAAGCAUGUGCCGAAGGCAUUGGAUGCCGGCGCAGAUUUGAUUUGCGCCCAAGGCGGAGAGGGUGGAGGACACACCGGAGACGUGCCCACUAUGAUUUUGAUCCCUGCAGUCUGCCAGGUUGUUGCCGGCAAGAAAAGCCCGCUCACGGGAAAGCCCAUCCAAGUCAUUGCCGGCGGUGGCUUAUACAAUGGCGCCACAGUGGCCGCUGCGCUCAUGCUCGGAGCAUCUGCUGCCUGGAUAGGCACACGUUUCAUUCUUUCUGAAGAGGCUGGUGCUUCCAAGUCUCACCAAGAAGCAGUUCGCACGGCUGGAUUUGAUGAUACGAUUAGGACCAUCAUAUUUACGGUGAGACUCCCCCAUAGACAUUCCAAGGAAACCCUUGAAAACAAUUUUCACUUUCUAACAUUUUCGGACGGAAAGGGCCGACCACUUCGAGUUCGAAAGACACCUUAUAUCUUGGACUGGGAAGAUAAUCGCUCAUCUGAGAUCAAGGAGCUGACUCGCAACGGUGUCAUACCCGUGCAACACGACAUGGAGAAGGCGGACAGCGAGGAUGACGAUACUUUGAUGGAUAAGAUGGAGCGCUUCAUGAUGGGCAAAGUAGCCGCCGUUGUCAAUGAGACAAAAAGUGCAAAGGCAAUCGUGGAUGAGUUAGUCCAUGAUGCAUCUGUGGAGCUUAAGAAAGGCACUACUCUCACUCAAUCGAAACUUUGA